AGCAGGGGCCGUCAGUUAAUAGGCCCAAUGGAAUAACUCAACUUGAAAUGGAAACGCAAAAAAUUAGUCGCUCCUGUCUUGCCCCCCUCCACCAAGUAACCACUCCGAAAAUGUUACUUUGCGGAGGCCAUAGGGGCUUCAAUAUAUUGGCGCCAACAACCCAACUCUCGUUUGGGACUUUCAUCAAAUACCUUGCAGCUUCAAAAUCCUCAAAGCUUUCACUGACCUCAAAAUCAUUUACCGCCAGCGCAAGCUCAAAAGUCUUCAGAUCCUCCCGUUUUGAAGCGCUAAACUCGCGUCAAAAAGAACAAGUGCAUCUCUACAUUGAUUCCCUCCUUGAAUGGAACCAGAAAAUGAAUCUGACUGCCGUAAAGGAGGAGAGCGAGGUUAUGGAAAGGCACGUCGAAGACUCGCUUUCAAUUAUUGAACCGAUUCGGACUUCGUAUCUCUCACAUUGUGGACCUUCGUCCGAGAAUCUUAAUCUCGUUGAUGUUGGAAGCGGUGCGGGGCUUCCUGGAGUAAUUUUGGCAAUUGCUUCCCCUGGAUGGAAAGUGACCCUUCUGGAGUCAAUGAAUAAGCGUUGUUCCUUUUUGGAGCAUGUGGUUAGUCAAAUAGGCCUAUCAAAUGUUCAAGUUAAAAGAGAAAGAGCUGAGAAGCUAGGGCAAGACGUCAGCUUCAGAGAGUCUUUUGAUGUUGCAGUUGCCCGAGCAGUUGCAGAAAUGAGAAUUCUAGCUGAGUAUUGCCUUCCUCUAGUCCGAACUGGUGGUAUCUUUGUAGCUGCGAAAGGUCAUGAUCCUCAGGAGGAGGUGCAAAGAGCAGAGAAAGCAAUACAGCUGAUGGGAGCCUCUCUAUUGCAAAUUCGUUGCGUUGAUUCCCACAGUAAACAUGGACAGAGAACUGCCAUAAUUUGUUUGAAAGGUAAACCUACCCCAAAGAAAUAUCCUCGAGAUCCAGGAACUCCAGCUAAGCUUCCACUCUGAGAGAAAUGUUGUCAUUCAUCCGUAUCUCAAUUGUACAGUUAAUGUAUGAUAGAGGGAAGUUUGUAUUUUCGUUUCCUUUUCUCUCGAACAGAUUUGGCUUAAAUCCUAUCCAUUUAAGAUGAAAGUAUACUACAACCACAUAGUACUUUUAUUAUUUUGUCGCCGAAAAAAGGCAUUAACGAUGGCCACGUUCCAGUUGGUGAUUCAAUGUCAUACAAUUUUUGCUGCUUUUUCUUUUGUGAUGUAAGCAGAUAGCUUCAGUUUGACAUCUUCAGGAUUCAAAAUAUUUCACAGUAGUUACCUGAUCAUGUGGCUGCGGUAAUUGUGUGAAGAAUUGAAGAAGUCUCAGGUCAUGGGAAUUGUGUUACUGUGGCUAAGAAUAUAAUUUGUGUACCUUGUUAGAAUUUCGGUUGCAUCACAUAGUGGAGCAUGCGAACCUGUGAUUGGAUAUUGUUGACCUUAAAUUAAACUAUGUAUUUUACCUAUCAUUCUUCCCCACCUGUAUUAAGAAACCUUUGGCCCAUUUUGCUUAUUACAA